AUGGGCAACGUGCAGUCAGAAGCAUCCCAAGACGUAGACCCCGCGCAGGGCAAAGACAAGGAAGGCAAGCCAGGAGCGGACGACGGGUGCUUGGCUGGCACACCGAGCGGGGCCGGGAGCGAAUCGGGAGCCCUCCCACCUCGUCCCGAAACCUUUGCAGUGAAAGAGCCUUCCCAGCCACUCAACAGAGAGCCAGGGAGAAGAGGAAAGCAGGCGGAUUCCUCAGAGAUGUGCAAGAGUUGCUCCAAGAAAUCCAAGCUCAAGCUGUCUUCCAUGUGGGUUCAGAAUUCCAGCAGCCUCAGCAGAGAUUCAGGCCUUGGAGACAAUGACUCCGCUCAGGAAUUGGGGCGAGGGAAGGCAGGGGAAGCCGGAUUGACCUGCCUAAGUGGUGAUGCCAGCUUGGGCACGGAGCCGAGCCCAGCACUGGCUAUUCCAGGCACCCACCAAGGGGAACCCAAGGGCCAGAAGGCGACAUCCAGGUCUCAAAACCCGCCCCCCGAGCAAGACUUGCUGAGGUCCAAAAAGACAGCGCCCAAGGGGAAGAGCAAAGGGGAGACCGUUUCCAUCAUGAAGCAAGGAGGCCAGGGCGACCUUCCAGGCAAGAGUGCCGCUGCCCCAGUGCUGCUGGAGCGGGCACAGGAGAUCGGCGCGCCCAAGGGCACGUCGGGACCAGAGGGCUGCAGCCAACCGGCCCUGACCAAGACACAGACACAGAGUUCAGUCGUGGACAACCCCGCCCGUUCGGAUGCUCCGAACCCCAAUGACCAGGGCGGGCCUAACGAUGCAGCAGAAAGGAACCCAACCAGGACAGCUCCCCCAAGGCCCCUGGCCGUGUCAGGAGGGAAGAAACAGCCCCCGCCUCAUGAGGAAGGCUCACCCGGCAGCCAUGGCGACUCAAAGGCACCCGCCAGUCCCUGCCAAUCGCCCACCGGCCAGGCCAAGACCCGGGGCAGCAGAGCAAAGGAGCCCCCGGGGAGUGAGGAGGAUGGGGUGAACGCAGAGGGGGUGCAGGCCCUGCUGGAACAUGGCCUGAGCUUCCUGUACAAGGUCACCAUCCAGCCUGGGCAGCGGCCGCCCAGUGUCAAGGCGAUAAAGCAGCGGGCCGGCCUGAUCUCCUCCGGCAUCUCCUAUGCCGACGCCCUGAAGCAGUGUCCCCAGAAGAAGGCCCCGUCCAGUGUCUCUGGGUCGCCUAAGGUGGCUGAGAAGCUGCCGUCGCUCAAGGGGCUGGAAAGGAGAGAUCAGGAGGAUCUCAGCUCCUUGACCCAGGCCUUUUUGGAGCAGUUCCAGAAAAUGGGCACUAAGGAGCAGGCCUCACCCGCCACCCAGCCCCAGAGCCAGGCCAAGCAGCAGCUGCAGCUGGUCAAGAUCCUGGACGACCUCACCUCCUUCAACUUCAGGAGCCUGGAGGGUCAGAAGCCCAGAGUGCCAACCCCGUACCCGCAGCGGCGCAAAGGCCAGGGCAGAAAUAGCCCCAGGUUCGGAUCAGACGUGUCUCGGCUGGUGUCCUUCUUGGGCAAUGGCCCCAAGCGUGACGGGCUGAGGCAGGACGAGGGCCACCCGCAGCCCGUCAGGGCCUGGCUGGCUGACGAUACUAGGAAGGACCCAGGUCCCAACGGAGAACCCCCCGGAGAACCCCCUCAGCUUAGCCCUGCCUUCGUGGCGGAGCCGGAGCAGCUAACACAAGCUGGAGCGACCCAGCAGCGGAAGCCAGAGACACCGUCCCCAGAGGCACAUGCACCAGCGAGGGCUCCUGGUCUACCCACACCAGACUCGCCUGCCUUGCCUUCGGGAGAGGCUGCAGCCGCCAGCACAGUCCAGCCUGGCAAAGGGGAGGACCAACCCAUGGCCUUGCCUGGGCAGGAGGCCAUUCCUCCCACCCCUGCCCCUCCGGUGCCGACGUGCCCAGCGGCUCCCUGUCCCUCCUGCCCCGCGGGAGCUCAGCGCCAGGCAGCGUUGGAGCAGAGCAGCGCCUCCAAAGGGGCGCCAGGCCACGUCAGGCCGAAGGCAAGGAAACAAGCCACGACUAAGCUGCAGUCCCGGUCCACAUGGCAGCCCAAGGUGGCAGCUAGCCCCACCCAGAAGCCGCAGGAGAAGCUCAAGGCCCACGGACAGCCGAAGGCCAAAGCGCAGAAGAUCAAGUUGCAGAGGCAGGGGCGGGAAGCCCCGGAGCCACAGGUUGCCCCACCUGAGCCCUGCCAGGACGCGGCCUCAGAGCAGGGUCCGGAUGGCUCUCACGACAAGCCCCAGGCUUCCGCUCGCCACUGGCCGCCGUUCCAGAUCAUGGAUUCGUGCCCCAGGAAGUGCUACUGCAAGCACCAGGAUCAGAGGAAGCUGCCCAGGAACAUCUCUGCGUGGCUGACUCCCUCCACCAACCACCUGGCUGAGCCGCCCUGGGUCUCCACUGCCAUCCUGGCUGGAUCACUGGUUGCCGGCACCAGGUUCUUCCUGGAUUCAUACGAGCAGCAGACAGGAGACGAUGACUGA